AUGCUCUUUCAGGACUUGGAGAAGAACGGUGCCGCCAAUGGAUGGCCGCAGAAGAUUUGGAAAGUUGUUGGUGGCGGUUCUGAAGGUAUUCCUGUAACCAAGGAGCGCGGCGGCAAGAUUGAGAAAGAGCGUUUGUCUCAUGGCGCUUUGGUAGAAGAAUUGGAGCUCAAGCAAGACCUGAAUAUCAUGCGCUACCGGCGGAUGACAGGAAAAGGCCCCAAGGAGGGAUGGGUCCAGCUGGUUCGUCCCAGUGGCAUCAAGCCGCUGCUGGUGAAGACCGAGCUCCGGCCACCGGCGCAGAAGGCGCAGGGCCAAGACAUGGGCGUCGGCUCGCUGAUCGUGACGCCACUGCGCUGGGAUGCGGAAGAAGCGCUGAAACUCAUGGGUCGCAUGGAUGAGCUUGAGGCGGCGGCUGAAGCCUUGCAGAUGCAGCAAGCUCUACCGCCCGAGCCGAAGAAGCCAGUGACGAGCUCAGAGAAGUUCAUCAUGUUGCCUGGGCAGAUCGUCCGACCCGAGGGCUUCCCCAAGCUGGCAGACCUUGUGAUUUCAUCAGACUGCGUGUGCGAGCCGGCCUAUGGGGAGACCUGGGAACAGCUGGUGGAGGUCAUCGAGAAGAUCUUGGCGCCCAACGGCCACGCCAUCAUCUCCUUGAGGAACGUGCAAAAAAUUAGUACGAAAGCCUUGGGCUUUUGCUGGAAGGUACUUCACUAUCAAACAAGGGGAGACAUAGCUGAUGCUAGGCGGAGGAGCUACGACGGCAUUGAGAAGUUCGUGAUGCGCCUGGCGCGGAAUCUACGCUUCCAACGCUAUCGUUACCGGAAGUCACCGGAGAACGUGGAUGGCGUGGAUUUGAUUUGUGCAGCUUGGCCGGGCAAGAACGAGCAGUUCGAGCAGUCGGUGGACUCACCCAGAAACCCACGUGAUUCCCAAUACGCUGAAGGCGAAUUUUGA